GUAUUUGCGCCAGGUUGGUCCUUGCUGCUGAAGCUUUACAGCACGACCCUGUAUGCAGUACGACGCUGUAUAACUGAUUGCAGAAAGGCAACCUUGGACAUAUCGACAAGUUCUGCACCAGGCUGUGCUGUUGAUUCAGUUUGCCUGGGGAGAUCCACAAUGGGGCUGAAAGCACUGAGGUCCUUUGGUAUCAUCGUGAGACGUUCUGUCGGCACAGCCCAAACUUCAGAUGGUGAGGAUAUCUUCAGGCAGCGAGGAAUCUAUUGCUACUUUUUGCCUAUUCAGACCCGUUGGCAGGACAAUGACGCAUAUGGCCAUGUAAACAACGCAGUGUACCACGGGUACUUUGAUACCUUAAUCAACCACUAUCUUCUCAGGUACUGUGAAUUAAACAUCAACAGCCUGAAUUCUUCAAUGAUCGGAUACAUAGUGGCUAAUCAGUGUUCGUUCUACAGACCAGUGGGGUAUCCACAGAUCCCACUUGCGGGGAUGGCUAUUGAAAGCAUAGGAUGCUCCAGUGUGACCUACAGACAGGCUCUGUUCAAUCCUCUACCAAGCAGAAGAGCGUUGCCGUUGGAUUACGAUGUGCUAUGCGAUGGCUGUUUCCCCAGCAGUCCGCUGCUGUCUGGCUUCGAAUCCACAGCUUCUACGACCGGGAAGUCCACCCACGUCUUUGUGGACACGGCUACCAAGAGACCGACAGAAAUACCCACGGUUUUCAGGAAGUGCCUCGAGAAGAUCCUGAUUCAACCACGGACUAUCCAUUCGGGUUAGAAAACCUGUUCUUGUUCCAACGUUUUAAGGGGGACCCGGGGAGUGUUCUCACUCCUUAAUGGGAAUUAAUAUUUGUGAUUUUUUUUGUGACUUAAUUGAAAUCUGGAUAACAAUAGAUGUUUUUUAAAAAUAAUAACAUUCAGUGAAUCUAUAGAACUCCUGCUCAAAGGAGAAUAUUCUCCGACAAAUAAUGCUUCAAAAUGUAGUCGCUUUUCACAGUUAAGGGUGCUUUCCAAUUACUAAGGAUGUAGGUACAUGACUGAGAAUUGCUUGUGACCAGUGAUUGACUAGAUCGUAAUAGGAAUGUUUAUGCUAAAUAGCGUCAAUUCAAUAUAUUAGUGCAAAUUGCUCUCAGAUUAAACUCCUCCACCUUUCUUGACACUUAUGAUCUCGCUGCACAGAUUGGGAUGUGCGUGGUGGUCCAGAUCAUCUAAUUCUCUGCUUGAGGAAAGUGGCAGUCUGUGAAAUGGUAAAAACAUGAGAGUAAUGGCCUUACACUGCCCAUCCCUCCUCCCCACCCAAAUAAACUGCACCAUAAUUGUCGAACCUUUCUACAGGUCUGAUUUCUGCCUUUAAAUAUCCUUUGGGGAUUUUUAUUAAUGCUGCUUUUUAACUUUUUUUAUCUUCAGGUAAAUGGCAACUGGGUGAUGUGUGAGUACAGUGAAAAUUGAAAAUGAAUUAUGAAUGGGUCUCGAGUUGAUAUAGAGAGUCUGAGUCGGUUGCUCCUGUUUGCUGAUGAAUUCUAAGUCGUGAGGAUGUUUUUUAGAAUCAAAUUAUAUUGCAGUGACUUGCAUAUUUCAGAUUUGCAUAGUAGCACAGACAAUGCUGGGAUAAGACACUUCCCUUGGUUUAAUUAUACACAUGUCAAAAAUACACUAUUUCAAAGUUAUGAUUAUAUAUAAAAAAUUAUACAUUAACCUAA